AUGGGUGAUGCUCUUACAUUGAACUCCACUGUCAUUUCUAAUAACCAACCAGAGAAUUUACCACCAGAGAGCACCCGCAGAGGUAUCAAGGUGAUGUUGGACAGCAACAACAUGUGGAAUGAGUUCUUCAGAUGCAAAACCGAGAUGAUACUAACCAAACAAGGCCGGAGAAUGUUCCCUUAUUGCCGCUUUCGCAUCUCUGGUUUGGAUCCCUUCCAGAAGUACAAUCUGCUCAUGGAUAUCAACCCAAUGGACAACAAACGUUACAAGUGGACUGGGCAAAACUGGCAAAUGAGUGGAAAGGCAGAAGCCCAUAUGCUGAGACGGAUCUUCAUCCACCCAGACUCUCCAUCUUCUGGUCACCAAUGGAUGCAGAACCCAGUUUCAUUCUACAAGCUUAAGCUCACUGACAACACCAUGGACCAGGAGGGUAAUGUCAUUUUGCACCCAAUGCACCGGUACUUACCGCACCUCCAUGUGGUCUCAGCUGAAAUGGCUAUGGAGGAUAUUCAGCUCAAUGGGCAUGACGUAAUAACCUUCACCUUUCCCCAGACUGAGUUCUUUGCUGUAACAGCCUACCAGAACUUACGCAUGUCUCAGUUUAAAGCAGACUUCAACCCUUUUGCAAGUGGACCCUCUUGGGCUCUAAAGCUGAAAACGAGUACCUCCAAUGAUUUGAAGAAGAAUGAAACCAGCUCUCCCAAUGAACUCAAGCCUGUGAAAGGAUUGAAUGGCCUGAAAUCUUUGAUGGCGGCAAAACACAGCUCUAAAGACACUUCAGCAGUAGAUAAAGGACUCCCCAGCGCGGAUGCUCAAAAUGUUACACCUACAGGCAGUGAAACCAGAUCUCCCAGUGAGCUCAAGCCUGUGAAAGGCCUCAGUGGCCUGAAGGCUUUGAUGGCAAAACGCAACUCUAAAGACACUUCAGCAGUAGAUCAAGGACUCCUCAAUCCAAAUGCUCAAAAUGUCACCCUUACAUUUGGUGACAAAUCUGAAGUCAACAGUCAUCGACCCAGCUCCAUGCUGAAAUCAAGUCCCUCCAAUGAGAUGAAGAAAGACCCCAGCAAAUCUCCCAAUGAGCUCAAGUCUGUGAAAAGCCUGAAUAACCUGAAGUCUUUGAUGGCAAAACACAACUCUAAAGACACGUCCCCACUAGAUCAAAGAGUCCUCAGCGCAGAUACUCAAAAUGUUUCACUUGCUGACAGUGACAAGUCCUGGGUCAACGCUAUUGGGCCCAGCUCUUGCACUCCAAAGUUGAUAUCAAGUCCCUCCAAUGAGUUGAAAAAAGUAGAAACCAGAUCUCAGAAGGAAUUCAACCCUCUUAGAAUUGGUUCUAGUCAGCCAACCCAGAGCAUUAAACCCCAGAGAUCUAAGAAGAGAUCUAGGACAGGAUUGAAAUCUGCCAAGGGUGAUCCACUCCCAGUGAUUGGUGGACCCACAGAUGUCACCAUGCAGCCCAACCUGGAGGAAGUUGAGGAGCAGCUGUUCGUCUCUUUCACCUCCAAGGAAGCACUUGAAGUCCACCUAGGAGAGCCUGCAUUUCAUGAGACGACAACCGCACAACCGGAGAAAACCCCUGAGGCGAAAGAGAAUGGACCUGAAACCACAGAGGAAAGAAUAGCUGCUUUCGAGAAGGUUCUUUUGGACGAUUUGAAGGUUAUGAAGCAUCGGCAAGUCAUUCAUCCUGUGCUGCAAGAAGUUGGACUGAAGAUGAGUUUACUGGAUCCCACUCUGGUCAUCGACCUGCAAUACUUAGGUGUCCGUCUACCUCUACCGCCACCCAUGCUAUGUCCAGGACCAAGCACUGCAGGAUUGGCAUCUCCAAUUCCCUUUGUUUCCAGGACGGGCAAGACAACAGACUUCACCCAAAUCAAAGGCUGGAGAGAUAAGAUUGUCCCUUCAGACUCCUCAGCAUCCUCCAAGCCUGACGAUGGCCCAAGUUCAGAUGUGGUCCCGAAGAACCUGUCGGCCUUCUGCAGUGACAUGUUGGAUGAGUAUCUGGCUAACGAAGGCAAACUCAUCGACGAGCGGGCUGCCAGUUUCACCCAGACCACCGUCGUCACCCCUGUGACCUACCAGCUGCCCACCAAGAGCACCAGCUACGUCCGAACCCUGGAUAGUGUGCUGAAGAAACAGGCACCGGCACCUUCUACCACCUUUGUCCCCCCAUCUAAAAAAAACAGACUGCCCCUCGCAUCCAAAGGACCUAAAAAAUCUGAGAAAUCUGAAAAAAGGCAACAAAAACAACGCUUAAAGCAGAGCAGAACUAAACCAACUUCUGCGCCAACAGCAUUACAAAUUGCGCCACCGCCAUUGAUGGAUCACGCAGCCCCGGCCAUCACCCACAACGACACAAUUAAAACUGUGAAAAGGACUAAGAGGAAGCCGAGGGUCAAGACUCCUCCACCAGUCCAAGACUCUGUUGUGUCGAGGCCAGAGGUAGAAGAACCACCUCCCUCUGACCUGGCUCCUGUGGAGGGCGACUCAGAGCCAGAGUCUGCUGCUGCUGAGACCAGGGUUGUUGUUCCUGGGUUGACCAAGGCCUUGCUCAGACAGAGGGAUCUGGAGGACGGGGUUGUCUGGGAGGGCAAGCAUCGGACCUGUAUCACAGAGGACAGGGCAACGGUCGCACUCACCUCGCUCUUCACUUCAACGGGCUUUGUUUGUGAGAAUCCUACAGCUCCCAUUAAGAUUGUAAAGCGCAGUGUUCCUCCCUGCCUCAAUGCGUUCUGCCGGCUGGGCUGUGUGUGUGCCAGCCUGGCACAGGAACGUCGUAUUACCCACUGUGGAAAGAUUGAGUGUAUAUUUGGCUGCAGCUGCCUCAGGCAGAAAGUGGUUGUGCUCAAAAACUUAAAAGGACCAGAUUCCAGUGCGUCAGAAGAGGGCCCGUCCAAGAAGAGCAAGAAGAGAAAGCGGAUGAGGAUGGCAUAUACUCUGAGAGAGGCUGAGACAGUAUCUGAACCAGCUCGGCGUGUGAGAACUUUGUGGAAGCAGACUGAUGGAGAGAUGGACCCGGAGCCCCUCCUCGCCCCAACACCAGUCUAUCUUCCAUGGCUUCCAUUACAGGAAGCGUCUUCAGCAGUGGUGAGAGAGGAGGAAGGUACCAUGACAUGUGCCAGAGUGCGUGCGUUUCAAAGCAAGAGCACAAACCGACCUGAGGACAUUGACAACCACUGCAAACCAAUAGACUCCGCACCAGUGAGCCCUUCCAGGAAGUCAGAGAAGUCCCACGGUCCCCAGUACACGGAGCCCUCCAAGCGUCUGGAGAUCAUGUCAGAGUGUAAGUGGAGAAGCCUGGCGGACAGGAACUUGGUGCUGAGGAUUGUUUGUGAGCACAUGGCCCAGGACCACCUCACCAACCCCUUCUGGGUCAAAGGUUACCUCAUCAAACCCAUGUCUCAGACCCUGAGGAACAACGGCGAGAGCUGCUCUGUCCACUACAAGGUACAUAUCUCUCAGGUCUCGCGACCGGAUGGAGUGGAGGAGGCGAACAGUGAGGAGGAAUGGAUGAGAGAGGAAGAUGAAGAAACGAUGGAGGAAGAGGAGGGGAAGAUGGAGGAGCUGAGAGGGGAAGAUAAGGAGGUGGAGGAAGGACAAUGCGUGGAGGAGAAGCAAAGAGAGCAGGAGAACAACAAGGCUGUGGGGAAGAAAAGGGGUCUGAAAUGGAAGGGCCUGCCUUUCUUAAUAGGAAUUUCUCCUGCUGGCCUCCUUACUGCCAACCUAAAGCAGAAAGAAAUCUCAGACAAGGAACUUGUCACGGUGAAUGGCAGGUCCUACCCCCAUGCCAAGCUACAACUGGGCAUGAUGGGAGCCAUGCACCCAGCCAACCGACUUGCUGCUUACCUCACGGGCAAGUUACGGAGGCCUACCUGUCCAGAGCCGUCUAUGGCGUCCUCCGUUUCAUCACAACACCCCCCCUCAGAAACCCCUGAAGAUGCAAGGUCCUCCACGGGACAACCGGCCCAGUUGACAGCCACUCCUACCCCCAGUCUUACCAUGGUUACCACCACCACCAGUGUUCCCUCUGUCGCUGCAGUUUCUGCAGGCCCCAAGUCCAUUGUGACUAAUCUGCCCUCAGCGGGAAAGGUCUUCACACAGUUUGUGGUCAACCAAAUCAGCUCCUCACAGCAGAGGCUGCUCCUCACUAGUGAUCCUCCACAGUCAUUGAGCAAUAUUCAGCAGCUUGCCUCUCUGGUAGAGGUAGCCUCAGGUGAUGUGUCUCUUCCAAAGACCGCCCCAAGCAGUGGAGUGGUUACUAGUCCCCCCGUGCUGGUGCUCCCUGACCCAGGGACCAGUAACUCUGUCAAAAUGGCGUGUCCUCCUACCUCCCAGACUCCGACACCUCUCAUCCCCCUGACCCCUCUCGCAGCAGGGCGGAGGAUGGUUCUGCAGCCGGUGCGGAGUGCCUCAGGGACCACCCUAUACCGGAACCCCAACGGACAGCUAAUCCAGCUGGUUCCCCUCAGCCAGCUGCAGGCCCUCAACCCCAACCUCGUCAUGCGCAACAAGGGGGGUUUGAUCAGCUUAACCACACCUGCGUGCUUGGCCUCGGGAUCGACAGCCACCCUUAACAGCUCCCCCUCCACCUCUCUCACCACAUUGCAAAACACCAUCCCCCUGGUCCCUUUCACUGUCCCAAAGACUCCAGGCAGCACCACCUUCCCUAAAACCACGCCUCCCGAAGUCACUUCCUCCAUACCAGGCUCCAAGUCUUUCAACAUCAGUAACGUUAAUCUCUCACCCACUGAGACAAAUAGCGGGACGUACACUUUGAAGAUUGUUCCUCAGACGGGUAACAAGGAGCCCAUUAUCAUCAAGUGUCCCAAGGUGCCAGCCCAGCCAGCCCAGGGCUCCUCCAAGGUCAUGCCUAUAGUAGGGGGCUUUACUGUGCUGCAGCCUUCACCGAAAACCACAGUAAUUACUGUCAAAUUCCCCACGAAGACUGUUAUGGAAUCAGGUGUCAAAGCUGCCACCACCACCACAGUGGACUCCAAUGUAGACUGUAAGGUCACGCCUGAGCUGUAUAGUUGGAUGCUGCCUUGCCAGAAAAGCACAAAACCCCCUGUAAGCCACAAGUUUAAAUUUAUUAAAGCUGACACUAUCUCCACAACGGACUCCAAUACAGAUCCUAAGAUCCAGCCUGAGGUGGGACGAGUGCCCCCCAAAAUCCUCAGACCCCCGAUAACCCCGGUUCCAAAGACAGAUGCAACUUCGACACCUAUCUCGUCAGCGGACUCCAAUGUAGACCCCAAGCUCCUUCCUAGGAUGACUUGUGUCAAUCAACCCUACCAGACCUGGACAGGACGACCGAAGAUGAAGAGGAGGAGGAGGAGGAGGAGGAAGGAGGUUGAGGUUGUGGAUCUGGUGGAGGAUGAGGACAACUCUGACGACACGGACGAGGGGACGGAUGAGGAGACGGACAACUCAUCUGACGAGACGGAUUCUGUUAAUUCCUGUGUUAAUAAAGAGGAUCUCAUCGUCAUCAGUAAGCACAAACACAACGUGCUGGAGAGGCAUCGGCGCUCUGAGCUCCAGGGACGCUUCCAGCAGCUGAGAGAAACACUGGAACUUGACGAGAAAGCUGCUAAAAUUAAAAUCCUCAACGACGCCAAGGAGGAGAUCCAGGUCUUGACAAAGAAAAGCACCAACGUAGAGAAGCUGAGGAGUUCACUGACCCUGGAGAGAGCAGUUCACGUCAAGAAGAUGUCCCAGUUAACUGGAGAGUCUGAGGAACAGAUACUGACGAACAUCAAGCACAUCGGUUCCCAGCAGAAGAUCGAGAAGCUGCACGUCAACUGGAAGAAAGAAGGGAAAGUCUCCUCUGCUCUCUCGUCUUCCUCAGUUGUCUCCACCUGCGGUGAGUCUGAGCAGAGACCAAGGCCUGGUCCCCUCUCAAAGAGGACCACAGAAGAGGCUCAGGGGGGUAAGCGCAUGGGAGGAGUGACAACAGAAACGGAGGAGGACAGGGAUGAUGUGGUGGACCUUCUGGAGGACACGGAGGACGAGAAAACCGACAACUCCUCGGAUGAGACCGAGGAUUCUGACGUUGACGACGACAAAAACUACAACGCUAAAGGGCACGUCAUUAAUACCAUCAGUGAUGUGGAGGAAAGCUUGCUAGAGGAGGAGCCUGUAGACAUUGAGAGUGUGGAGGACAAUGCAAUGAAUAACACCACUCCACAAUUGAAGCACUGGGACUUGCACAACAAAUAUGAGAGACAGCGCUGUGCUGAGUUUCGGAAGAGCUUUAAAGCCCUGAUAGAGACUUUGGACCUUGGCAACCCGGCACCUACUAAUGUUUUCAUCCUUGGGCAGGCCCGAAAACAAGUCAUUGACCUGAGAGACAAAUGUGAACGCCUGGAAAAACUGAAGAGUGCGCUGACCGAAGAACGAGCUGCUUAUAUCAAGAAAAUCUCCCAGAAAUCUGGAAAGACGGAGGAGCUCAUCCUCAGGAAGCUUCAGGACAUCUCUACCAAACAGAAGAACAUGGACGUGAUGUUCAAAGGGAAGCGGAGAGGGGCGUCCUCAGCCCCCUCGUCAUCAGUCCUACCCAAUAAAGCCAUCUCACCCAACAGCACUCAACAGCCUAAGCCAAAAUCCCUGGCUUCCGGUCUCAAGUUAAAGGUGGUACCCACCCCUGUCCCACGCUCUAUACCCCCACAGCCUGCACCCCAACAACCCAAGACAAGUCCCAUCAUCUCCCCACCCUCCAGGAAACCCCCCCCAACGUGUCGUUCUCCGGGUGAAAGGACAAGACCUAACAUCCUGUCUCGCAGGAAACCACAACCUCCCCAAGAUUCCCCACCUGUUCAUGCUGGGUUUCUCCCUCCUCAAAUGCUGUCUAUAGUGGGUGGAGUGAUACCAUCUCAGCAGGGGAUCACUAAGAGCCCAAUGCAGCCUGCCAGUUCUCUGCUGCCGGUAGGACGCGUCACUGGAAUCGAAAUGCAACAGUCUCUAAUACCAGGUGUCGCUUCAGUUACCAUCUGUAUCCCCUCAAUGUCACAACCCAUUUCUCUCACUCCACCUCGUAAUAUCCUCAACAGGGGAGUUCCUCAUAUAGCCAAUGUGAUUUCACUGGUCAAAGCCCCUCCAGGUGUGUCAGGGGGAACUCCGAGGAGGCCAUCUCCCGUGAAGGGUAAGGGAAGUGGGCUGGAGGACGGGGAGGUGCUGGGGAAGCAGCUGGACCACUCUGGAGACGGUGUAAAGAUCAUCGACGCAGACAGGAACUCGGAUGAGGAGGACGAAGACAACGAAGAAGGUGACGUUGAAGACGAGAGUCUGACGUCUCUCCUCAACGAGAUCGUCUUCCUCAACCAGCAGAUGACCACAGACAACGUCAGCCCCAGUGGUCUUCCAGUGGUCACCCACAAACCAGCCACUGAGCCUGGGGAGGUUGGGAUGGACCGGUCCUCACCUCCACCACCGCAGGCAGAGAAGGAAAUCAUCAGAGAUGGAGAUGACGAGCGCUCCCUCAGCCCCUUGUUUCUGAGACUUGACGAGGACCUUCUGGGGCUGAAAGAGAGACAAGGCCAGGAUGAGGCUUCCAAAGGCCCAGGCAUGCCAGUGCCACAGGCAGAGGACCUUAAAGUGGGUUCUGGAUCCAAUGAGAAACCAUCAGAGACAGGUUCUGCUCCUGCUCCGAUUGUCAAUGGGCACAGCCCACAAGGACCAGCGUGCACUGCAAAAGGUCACGGUGUACUUCAAAAGGCGCUGACCCCGCCUCCGCUGCUGCAGAUGAAAGUUGGCAUGGCCAAGGUGCUGGAGUCCAAUGAUAAGCCGGGGGAUGCUUUAGCCCCGCCCCCGCUACUGCAGAUGAGGCCAAUGCCGAGGCUAGCCCCACUAGGACUAAAGAACAACCCUCAGACGUAGAACUAAGUACUAACUAACUUAGGGUCAAUGUUGUAGCCAUCUCUCCUCAAGACCCUUACUCACAUGGGUCGUAAUCAUUUGUCACCAAAUUGACAAAAACUGACUGAAACAGGGUUGGACUACUACCUGAACUUGUCCAAUAAGAAAUGUUCAUUUUUGUUUUUCUGUUGCAAAAAGUUUCGCCACGGUGUGCUGUAAUAAAUAUGACCCUUAUGUGGCUCAACCAAUCAGGGAUAACUACA